AUGAAAAUUGCUUCACUUUCAAUUAUCCAGAGUCCACCAAUCGAUUACUUUGAUGUAUUUAAAGAAUCAAAAGAGCAAAAUUUCUAUGAGUCACAGGAAUCUGUCAUUGCUUUAUGUACUUACCUGCAACAAUUGAUAAAAACUAUUGAAGACCUAGAUGAAAAUCAGCUGAAAGAUGAGUUUUUUAAACUUCUGCAGAUUUCACUGUGGAGAAAUAAGUGUGAUCUGUCUCUCUCAGGUGGAGAAAGUAGUUCUCAGAAGACCGAUGUACUAAAUUCAUUGGAAGACCUAAAACCUUUCAUUUUAUUGAAUGAUAUGGAACAUCUUUGGUCAUUGCUUAGCAAUUGCAAGAAAACAAGAGAAAAAGUUUCUGUUACUAGAGUGUAUAUUGUUCUCGAUAAUUCUGGGUUUGAGCUUGUUACAGAUUUAAUAUUAGCCAACUUCUUGUUGUCCUCUGAACUGGCUACUAAGGUUCAUUUUUAUGGAAAAACAAUUCCAUGGUUUGUUUCUGAUACUACUAUACAUGAUUUUAAUUGGUUAAUUGAACAGGUAAAACAUGGUAAUCAUAAGUGGAUGUCCAAGUGUGGGGCUGACUGGGAAGAGUAUGUUAAAAUGGGUCAAUGGGUUUACCACGAUCAUAUAUUUUGGACUCUGCCUCAUGAGUUCUGUGCAAUGCCUCAGGUUGCUCCCGACUUAUAUGCUGAACUACAGAAGGCACAUUUAAUUUUAUUCAAGGGUGAUUUGAAUUACAGGAAGUUGACAGGUGACAGAAAAUGGGAGUUUUCUGUUCCAUUUCAUCAGGCUCUGAAUGGCUUCCAUCCCGCACCCCUCUGUACCAUAAGAACAUUAAAAGCUGAAAUUCAGGUUGGUCUGAAGCCUGGGCAAGGGGAACAGCUCAUGGCCUCUGAGCCCUGCUGGUGGACCAGUGGAAAGUAUGGAAUAUUUGAGUACGAUGGUCCCCUUUGACUUGAUUUAGGAGCUCUCAGUUGCAUAGAAAGAUCUGACGAGCACCUUUUCAUCCCCAGAAAAGGAGCGCGUGAAUUGAGUCACCUGGCGGCUGGCUCUGUACCCACUCUGGGAAGCUUGGCUUCUCCGUGCCCAUCUACAUGCACUGGAUGAUUUUUCUUUUUAACAUUUUGCCCCACUACACUGUUUUGGGGAUAGAUGGGUUAAGCAAGUUACAGAUAAUUACAUUUAUAUUGGAAUUUUAGCAACUUUUUUUCAGGUUAAAUACAUCAUUUCAAGUGCUUUUAAUGUGUUUUUAAUUGGCUAGGAAGCAAAAAAUAAGCAAGUUCUGCUUUUAGUUAGUUAACCCUAUUCUUUUCUUAAAUAGUACACUGCAUGGUAUUUAAUAUUCCAGGAAGCAUGGAAUUUUAUUUUGCUUGAUUUUGGGCUCAUGAAAUAAUAGCUCCGUGAAAAUGCACAUCUUAAUGACUCUCUGUAAAGAGGCAUUCCUUACAACUGUGAUGUUUCCUCACAUAAAAGUUACCUCAUAAGUUAAUUCUAACUUUUAUUCUCCUUGAAUUUUAUUUCAUUUCAAUAGCUUGUUUCAUUUGCACACCUUUGUAUUUUGAUUGAUCUGUAGAAUAGAUGUUAGGAAACCCAGAAUUGAACACAGUGAAAUAAAUGGUAUUUUAAGAAAUAUAAUAUCUUUUAUAUUCUAUUUAUGAUAUCCGUAAUCAAAUGAGAUUAUUUUACCACGUAAGCAUUUUAAAUAAAUGGAUUUUUAGUUUGCAGUUUUAGGAAAAUGCUUUAGGUAGAAAAGGUUCUUACACAUUGAAUUUGGGGUACUACCAACAAUGAAUGAAUUUAUUUUUUAUAUUCUUACACAUUUUAUUGGUCAUUGUCACAGAUACUAAAUACUAAAAAUUUCAGGUCAUUUUGUUUUGAAACUGAAAUUGGAAAUAAAUCUGGAAAUGUUUUGUUGCACUAAAAUAAUAAAAUGAGUUGUACU